AUGACGAGCAGCAGCAGGUUCAGGAGCCGCGCGCCCCGGUCAGAUGAUGGAGAGGAAAAAGAUUACGUUGGUUUUGCGACGCUGCCCAACCAGGUGCACAGGAAGUCGGUGAAGAAAGGAUUUGACUUCACUCUCCUGGUGGCAGGUGAGUCCGGCCUCGGUAAAUCCACCUUGGUGAACAGCUUGUUCCUCACCGAUCUGCAUAAAGACAGAAAGCUGCUCAAUGCUGAAGAGCGCAUCAGUCAGACUGUGGAGAUCACAAAGCACACAGUGGACAUCGAGGAGAAAGGAGUGAAACUGAAACUCACGAUUGUGGACACUCCCGGUUUUGGAGACGCUGUCAACAACACAGAGUGUUGGAUGCCCGUCACAGACUACAUUAAUCAGCAGUUUGAGCAGUAUUUCAGAGACGAGAGCGGACUCAACAGGAAGAACAUCCUGGACAACAGAGUUCACUGCUGCCUCUACUUCAUACCUCCGUUUGGACACGGGCUUCGUCCGGUUGAUAUCGAGUUCAUGAAAGCUCUUCAGGAUAAAGUUAACGUGGUUCCUCUCAUCUCUAAAGCGGACUGCCUCACACCCACCGAGAUAAAGAAACUCAAAGAGCGGCUGAGGGAAGAGAUAGAUAAGUACGGCAUAAAGAUCUACCAGUUCGGUGACUCUGACGAAGACGAGGACGAGGACUUCAAGCAGCAGGACAAAGAGCUGAAGGAGAGUUUUCCGUUCGCAGUGAUCGGCAGCAACACCGUGGUAGAGGCCCGAGGUCAGCGAGUGAGAGGGAGGCUUUACCCCUGGGGCAUCGUGGAGGUGGAGAACCCGUCCCACUGCGACUUCGUGAAGCUGAGGACGAUGCUGAUAAGGAGCCACAUGCACGACCUGAAGGAUCUCACCAGCGACUGUCACUAUGAGAACUACAGAGCUCAGUGCAUCCAGACCAUGACCAGUAAGAUGAACGCAGAUAAGCGGGUGGAGAGUCCCAUCCCGAUCCUGCCGCUGGCCGCCACACCCGACGCGGAGACAGAGAAACUCAUCAAAAUGAAAGAUGACGAACUGAGGAGGAUGCAGCAGAUGCUCCAGAAGAUGCAGCAGCAGAUGCAUGAGCAGGACCUGUGA